AUGGCCGCCCGCCUCGCAGCCCAAUCAAUCCACAUAACAACGACCCCGAUGCCGCGCUCCCUAACAGAAAGCAAACAAAUCCUGACCGCGCUCCAGAAAUUCGGCGAAGUCGUCACCUUCCGCAACCUCAAGUACGACACAACAAACACAUCCCAAAACCCCACCUCCCGAUCGAUAAUCGCCAUCUUCGAAUCCCCGUCCUCCGCAGCGCAAGCCAUCGCCGCCUCCCCGCUCACCAUCCCCCUCGUCAAACCGCCACCCAUGCCCCAGUCGCAGUCGCAUCUGCCCCCGCGCGAACCAGGAACGCCCUCCCCGGACCCCUGGGCCUCGAGUGAACCCCCCGCCCAGUCUCAUAUCACCUGUACCAUCCAGCCGUCGCGACAUAACCAUGAGUCUGCGCUGCGGCGGAACCCGUUCCAUACGCUGUUUCGUGUGAAUGGGAAGAGUUGGCAGUCGAGAGAUCUGGUGAGGACGGGGGUUCCGUUGCGCGAGUUGGCGGAUGAGCCGAUGGCGAGGAAGAGUCAUGAGCCGUUUAGGGUUAAGAGGAAGGUGCAGGCGGAGAAUGAGCGGUUGGGGGCUACGAGUUUGAUGGCGCUUUAUGAGGGCGGGCUGAGGGGGGAGGGGGAUGAGUCGCAUUCUGGGGAGAAGAAGGUGGUUGAGGGUAAGGAUACGGAGGUGGAUUGA